GAAAAACUUGCGAUUCAUGGCAUGGAGGAGCCAGCGGGCAGCUGCAGCCCUCUGAUCUGCGUCAGGUUAGGCGGAUGAGCUGCAGAUCAUGGUCUGAACCGAGUUAACGUCGAGCCGAAGCAAACCCUCGCCUAGCUGCUCGAGUGUGUCAAACGGCACCGAGAGGGAAGAAACAUUCGGCUCCGACUGCUCCGUUUCAGAUGCCUGCAACUUUGAGCGAGAGGGACAACCCCUAAAACCCCGUUUUUACACGAGGGACAGAUCAUCUCCGUCAUCUUCCACUUUAUGAGAAGGACGCGUCUCGGUGAAAGGGGACCAGAGGACUGACGGGAAUCAUGGCAGCUACUUUAUCGGCGGAAGAAGAACAGGCCACCAGGCAGUUUCUGGAGGAAAUCAACAAGUGGACCAGUCAGCAUGGAGUGUCACCGCUGUCCAGGGAAUUGGCCGUCAAGUUCCUCAUGGCUCGCAAGUUUGACGUCCUCCGAGCCAUCGAGCUCUUCCACAGUUACAGGGAAACGCGUCUUAAAGAAGGAAUUGUCAGACUUCAGCCUCAGGAGGAACCUCUGCGCUCGGAGCUGCUCAGUGGAAAGUUCACCGUGUUGAGCGCACGAGACCCUUCGGGGGCCUCCAUUGCCUUGUACACAGCGAAGCUUCAUCACCCCAACAAGACAGGCAACCACGUUGUGCUUCAGGCCCUCUUCUACCUCCUGGAUCGGGCCGUGGAAAGCUUUGAGACCCAGAGAAAUGGCUUGGUGUUCAUCUAUGACAUGGCGGGCUCCAACUACACAAACUUUGAGCUGGACCUGAGCAAGAAGAUCCUCAACUUGCUCAAGGGGGCGUUCCCUGCCAGACUGAAGAAGGUGUUGAUUGUCGGGGCCCCAGUUUGGUUUCGAGUGCCCUACAAUCUGCUCAGCCUGCUUCUCAAGGAGAAACUCAGGGAGAGGGUUCAGAUGGUAAAAAUGGCCGAGCUGCGCCAACACCUACCCAGAGACUGUCUCCCCCAGCACCUUGGAGGCCUUCUCCCUCUUGAUGCAUACAGCUGGAACCAGCAGCUGCUGGCAGGUCAGAAUGGCAGAGUGGACCCCGUGGAUGAGUUGGUGGGCAUCCCCGUAGAAGAUACCUCCAUUCAUGUCCCCGGACCCGAGUCCAUGCGUCCACAGGAGCUGCUGACCCACCUCGGCAGGCUACAACGCUCAGGCAUCCAUCUGGAGUACGAGGAGCUUCGUAAAGAAACACCACCCGGGACCUUCCACUGUGCGCAAGCAGUCUACAAUCAGGACAAGAAUCGCUAUGGAGACGUGCUGUGCCUUGAUCAAACAAGGGUCCGUUUGAAAGCCAGAAGGAAUGAGAGAUCGGACUACAUCAAUGCAAGCUUCAUGGACGGCUACAAACAAAAGAACGCAUACAUUGGUACUCAAGGACCACUGGAAAGGACCUAUGGUGAUUUCUGGAGAAUGGUCUGGGAACAGAACGUCCUCGUUAUCGUCAUGACAACCAGGACAGAUGAGGGCAGUCGGAGGAAGUGUGGACAGUACUGGCCUCUGGAGGAAGGCGGACAGGAAGUCUACGGCCAUAUGGCAGUAGUGAACCAAAGGGUGGACCACCACACCCACUACAACCACACCACUCUUGAACUGCACAACACUGAGACUUGUGAACAGAGACAAGUGAGUCAUUUCCAGUACCUCAGCUGGCCCGACUACGGUGUUCCCACCUCAGCAGUGACUCUCAUUGACUUUCUGGGAGCUGUGAAGAGACAACAGAGAAAAAUGGUGAAGGCUUUGGGACUUCAGUGGACAGGCCACCCACUGGGACCGCCAAUGGUGGUUCACUGCAGUGCAGGGAUUGGGAGAACAGGAACCUUCUGUGCCCUGGACAUCUGCCUGUCCCAGCUACAGGACGUAGGCUCACUUAAUGUGUGUCAGACGGUGCGCCGCAUGAGAACACAGAGGGCCUUCAGCAUUCAAACCCCGGAUCAGUACUACUUCUGCUACAAUGCCAUUUUGGAGUACGCCCAAAGACAGGGCCUGCUCCCAGCCAAUCAGUGAGCUUCUUCCUUGACUUCCCAACCUGUCCAUAAGCCCUGUGAUUUCUGCAGUCAGUCUGUUGACCCCAAGCCAUGGUGUGUGACCAAUUAGUCCAAGAAAGUAACAGAACUCACAAAAUGCUGUCUUUUGAAACCAAGCCACUCUUUAUUUGCAGACCAAGGCAAGAUGGUGACAAAAAAAAAAGGCUUGAGUGUUGACAUGAUGUUUUAAUGUGAUAACAUUCUGGCUGCCAACAAUGUGGCAUUUUGUUUUUGCUGAACAUAUCCGAAAAUUAUGUGUGAGAGUGAACGACCUGCUCUAGUGUUGUGCGGUUUUGUCGUACGUGGUCAGGCACAUUGGGUGAAGUGAAGUAAUGUUGGUUAACCUUUUAUUUAUUUAUUUUGUCACUGAUGGUUUAGGGACCUCAAAGGAGUAAUUCACCCUGAAAUAAGAUUGUCUGAUGCUAUUAUAACAUUUUAACUAAUUAACAUGGCCACCAAAAAAAACCUCUUACAUUUCCCUUAACUGCUGCUGUGUUGUGUCUACAACAGCUUGGCUCAACUGCUUACUGUACAAGACUAAAAAAUGGAGCUGUGGUGGAAAACUUGCUCUAUUAAAUGGGCUUUGAUGGACACUGUGAUUAAUUCAGUUUCAGUUUUGGGUGAAAUAUUCCUUUAAAGACGUACCGUGCAUAGGAAGCCUGAUCUGUCAUGCAACAAUAAGAGAGUAGUAUUUGAGCCCCCGGGUCCAGUCAACGCUGCCUUCACUGCAGUGCAUUUUUAGCUCACGGCUAAUAGUCACAUAGAUGGUACGAGCUAGCUCUGCAUAGUCUCAAGAGUGUCGGACUGAACACAAGGAGGUGAAACUACAGUUGCCAAAAACCAACUUAGCCAAGAAGCUGUUGUAUUCCUUUGAGCAUGCACGAUACAUUCUCGUCUGCCUCAGUUAAUAUCCCUAAACAGUAGUAUACAGGGUGAAGCACAUCCAGAAUAAUCAGCCUGGCAACUCCCACAUGUUUUAUUUUAUUUUAUUUUAUUUUUACUGUGAUUGCUCAUUAAGUAGUUUUUUUUUUCCUUUUUUCAUUCUUGUUUUCUCAAAUGCUAAAAUCCAGGAAGUUGCAUAUCACCUAAACGUUGAGUCCAUGGCCGUGUUUGCUCACCGCGAGCUGUGCCAUUACACUUUAGUGAAUGUGGGAAUAUAUUGCUUAUAAACUCCCCACACACCUCGACACGCACACGUGUUUAGAGCAGACCACGCCGCAGUGCCGACGCCACUGAAGCGUGCAUCUGUGCAAGUGAUCAGUUAAGACCUCAUGAGUAGUGCAAUACCUUUCCCCCCACCCCCCCUUCUUUCUUUUUUCUUUUUUUUACACAAAUCAUGUCUUAGCACUUUUAAUGAACUAUUCCCAAUGUGCUCUGAGAUCAGUCAUUGUGGCGAUAGGAUGGGAGGACAAGUACAACUUAAUAGUAAUUCUGUAGCUCUACAUGUGAUGCUGGGAUGACUUGAUUGUUAAUAUAAAUUUAGCGACGCAUAAAUAUAAAACAUUUAGUGACAUUUACUGUAAACACCUGCAUAGAGCUUUAUUGAGACAAGUCAAGAGGGUUUUUAGGGAGAAAUCGGAGAUCGUCGUCAGAGUAGUCGAUUUAACAAGCACAAAUCUGUGCCUACACCCUAUAAAGUCCUCCUUUGACACUUGACAGAAAUGUAAGUAUAUUUUCAUUAUUAUUGUGUUAUUUUAAGUUCUACAGACUGUGGUUGUAAUCAGUGCUUUCAUCUGGUCCCAGUAUCUUGCCAUUAUUAUAGAGUACAUGUACAAAGACCGUCUUCGUGUGUCAUAUGUUGCAUUAUGUUGUCGCCGAGUGGAAAAAGAAAAUGUUUUCUUUACUACAGAAUUCAUAUUGAAUUUGCUCGUAGUGAAGCAUUUUUUUUUUUAAGUCUGCCAUCCUCAUGUAACUCUGAUUUUAGAAUUAUUUUUCCUUUCAAUGAUGGACACAAGAUGUGCUCUAUUUUAUUUUUCUAUUAUAUUCAACGACUGUUUUCAUACGAUUACCCAGAUUAUACAGUUAUCUACAUUAAUUUUAUAUUUGUUCUGUUAUAACCUAUUACUUUAUCAUUCAUAAGUCUAUUGAUUCAAGCUAUACUGUAUUAAAUACAAACUACGUCAA